AUUACAGCCCAGCAGCACAAAGCUUAAGCUGGAUUUCCCCCUGGCUCUCACAUCUACUGCACCAAAAGCUUUUCCACGCUGAGGACUAUCACUAAAACCUGCUGUAGGUGGAGGCAAUCUGAAACCUCAGCGGUAUUUGGGUAGGAAAGAGGAAUCAAACUUGAGAAGGAGAUAUUUUAAGCAGAAUUGGCUCUGACUGUGUUUCAUUCCUGAAGGUUCGCUCCCGUGUGAGGCUCCAGGCCGAGGCUGGUUGUACAAGGCGGAUGCCCAAGGGCGCUGCUGGGGGAUGUGAAGUUGGGUACCAGGUCAGACUUGUGUCAUUUCAAAGUCACCACCGCCCAGCACCGCCUGCCGCGUCGCCAUGGCAACGCCCGCGCCGCACGGCUGGCUGCUUCCGCUGCCACUCAGGCAAGCGGGAGGGGCGGGGGAGACGCUCUAUCCCUCCUUUCUCUAGUCCCGGAGCCGCGCCUUAUCCUGGGAAGAGGCCUAGACCAUAGAGUCGCGCUGAAGUGUCUGAAGCUUGGAGUGCCGAACCAUGUCUCAGUCAGGUGAAAAAGUAAAGUUUUCUGACUCGGCAGGCUAUGUGGGGUUCGCUAAUCUGCCCAACCAGGUUCACAGGAAAUCUGUGAAGAAAGGCUUUGAAUUCACACUGAUGGUGGUUGGUGAGUCUGGCUUGGGAAAAUCCACUUUAAUUAACAGUCUGUUCCUGACUGAUCUUUAUCCAGAACGUUAUAUUCCUGGAGCUGCCGAGAAAAUAGAGAGAACUGUUCAAAUUGAAGCUUCUACGGUAGAGAUAGAGGAGCGAGGGGUGAAACUGCGUUUGACAGUAGUUGACACACCAGGAUAUGGAGAUGCCAUUAACAGCCAGGACUGCUUCAAAACAAUUAUCCAGUACAUUGACAACCAGUUUGAGCGAUACCUUCAUGAUGAGAGCGGUCUAAACAGGCGCCACAUUAUAGACAACAGAGUCCAUUGCUGUUUUUACUUCAUCUCUCCCUUUGGGCAUGGGCUGAAACCAUUAGAUGUAGAGUUCAUGAAGGCUCUUCAUGGAAAAGUCAACAUUGUCCCUGUGAUCGCCAAGGCUGACACACUGACGCUGAAGGAGAGAGAAAGGCUGAAGAGAAGAGUUCUGGAUGAGAUUUCCGAGCAUGGCAUUAGGAUUUAUCAACUCCCUGAUGCGGAUUCUGAUGAAGAUGAGGAGUUUAAAGAACAAACCAGAGUUUUAAAGGCCAGCAUUCCCUUUGCUGUUAUUGGAUCCAAUCAACUUAUUGAGGUGAAAGGCAAGAAAAUCAGAGGCCGUCUGUAUCCCUGGGGAGUUGUUGAAGUUGAAAAUCCAGAGCACAAUGAUUUCCUUAAGCUGCGCACAAUGCUGGUAACACACAUGCAGGACCUGCAGGAGGUGACCCAAGACUUGCACUAUGAAAACUUCCGUUCGGAGAGGCUAAAGCGAACCGGCAAGCCUGUUGAAGAAGAAGUGGUAGAUAAGGACAGAAUCCUCCAGCAGAAAGAGGCUGAGCUGCGCCGCAUGCAGGAGAUGAUUGCACAGAUGCAAGCCCAAAUGAGGAUGAAGCCUGGUGACGAUUAAGAUGCUUGACAUCUGGAUGCAUCAGCAGUAUACGGUUCUCUAAGUGGAUGGGUGCUCUGUUUUCUUUGACCGCAUGGUAACGUUCAAAUGCAAAAGCUGGAUGCCGCAGAUCAAGACCUGCGUUAAAACAAAGUCUGAAGAUCGUGUUGUAAAACGGCUUGUUUUAUAUCUUCAAUGUUAAUCAAGUUCUAAUGUAUCUUUUUUGAUUCUUUUGGUAACGCUGUCUUCAUACUUAUAAAUGUGGUUUUAUUAUCCUUCCUAUACGUUUUAUACCAGAACCGAUAGAGUAUGCUGUUUGGACUAGUAAUUGUGGUGGGUUUAAGGAGUUAAUCAUGUAUCUGCUACGUUAUUCUGAACAGUUUCAUAAUUAAUAGUAAAAGACAUUGUGGCCUGUUUACAGUAAACAUACAUGUGUUUGCACAGUAUCAUAACUUUCACUUGCCAUUUUAAAUCAUUAUGUAUCGUAUCAGUUUCUCGUAACUUUCUCUGUGCUUUGGUUGCUUUUGAAGCUUCAUCUCUGGUGAUGUAUAUUUGCGUGAUAUGAGACAAUGUACAAAACAUUGAUGAUUCACCAGUGAUGCAAGAAAGCUGACUUUUCUAAAUCAUCGUGCCUUAACGUAUCAUAAACACUACACACGCCAACAACUUCUGUGGAUGCCUCUGAGGAUUUGUCUUCAGGUCUCAAGUAUUGAUUGCAAGAAUUUCUGUCACAGGCAUUUUUAUCUGUCAGCUGAGCGAUGGCAUGUACUGAACUUUUUAUAUACCACAACACUAAUUUUCAUUGAAGUUUUGUAAUAAAUUGUACGAAUGUGGAAAA